UGGGACGACGCUCUGGGACGUUGCGGGCGUUGCCGGCCGCCGCGCUUGGCCGCCGCGCUUGGCCGCCGCGCUGGGGCGAUGCGGGCGUUGUCCGGCCGCCGCGCUGGGACGCUGCCGUCGCCGCCGCGCAGUGGGGAAGACCGGAUCACCGGAAGAGGCGGAGGAAUCGCGCAGUGGGUAGAAGAGGCAGAGGAAUCGCGCAGAGGAAUCGCGUGGUGGGGAAGAGGAAGAGGAAUCGCGCAGUGGGGAAGACUGGAAGAGGAAGAGCGCAGUGGGGAAGAGAAAUCGCGCAGUGGAGGAGGUCGCGCCGUCGCGGUGCAGUGGAGGAGUCGCGCACUCGCGCUCGCAGUGGAGGAGUCGCGCAUUCGCGCUCGCAGUGGAGGAGAUCCGUCGGUCCGUCCAAGGUCGCAGGAAGCUGAGGGGUUAGGCAUGGAGCGCGUAAGAAGAGGAAGGGAUUAUCCAUGUCUGGAGCGCGUUAAGUGAUUAGGCAGGGAGCCGACCGCGUACUGCCUGCUAUUUAAAUAGAACUCCAUCCACUGAUGCACAGCAGUACAGCACCACAACCCAACUCAAACCUCAACGUAGACAUGGUUUUCGGUUCUUCAAGCAAAAGAAAGCGUGCGGAUGAAAAAGAAGAUGAUGAUGUGCAAGUCGUCCAUGAGGUGCCUGUAGAUAUCCAAGAUGGUGGUGCAGACGCAGACAGUGGUGACGAAGAUGGAGCUGCGGCUACUGGUACGAAACAUCCACUUCUAGAUGAAAUUAAUAUUAUUGGUGUUCCGAGUGGAAAAAAUGUUGGUGGAACAAAGGAGUGGCAGUGUAAACAUUGCAAGAAAUCGUACAAAGGAAGUUUAACUAGAGUUCGUGUUCAUUUGCUUGGUCCAUUACCUGGUAAAAAAGCACAAAUUGCACGUUGUAUGUCAUUGCAAAACGAUCCCAACAAGAGCAAAGCUUUGCGGGAAAAGGUGAAAGAAGCUGAUAGUAAAGGAUUUCAUAUGAGAUCAACAUCAGGGACGACCACUCCGAAUCCGUUGACAAAAUCGUUUGGAGUAGCCCAAAGGGAGUCUGUCGAUAUGGAAAUUACCAAAUUUUUAUGUGCCAACGGUAUUCCAUUCAAUGUGUUGAGGAGCCCUCAAUUUUCACAAAUGAUAAUGGCAAUAAAAAAUGGUCCAAAAGAUUAUAAAGGUCCGUCGAGUGAAAAGGCAAGGACAACUCUCCUAGAUGCAUGCAAGAGAAGUGUGGAGACCGACUUAGCACCACUUAAAAGUACAUGGUUGACACAAGGUGUUUCGGUUGUGUCCGAUGGAUGGACAGAUAUAAAAAACAAGCCCCUAAUCAAUGUGAUUGCGUCGAACAGUCGAGGUUCAUGUUUCUUAUAUGCAGAAGAUUUCUCUGGAGUUGAAAAAACCGGUGAAGCUAUUGCACAAUAUCUCUUGAAGGCUAUUGAUGAAAUUGGACCAGGAAAUGUCCUUCAAGUGGUAACGGACAAUGCUGCUAAUUGCAAAGCAGCUGGAAAAGAAAUUGAAAAAGUGCAUAAGCACAUUUUUUGGGCCCCAUGCGUUGUUCACACGCUAAACCUUAUAUUCAAGGAUUUUGCUGUGAAAUUUCCAUGGAUGCUUGACACAUAUAAGACUGGAAAAGCAAUUGUCAAGUUUUUUCAGAAUCAUUGCCAUUGUUUGGCAAUGUUUAGAACCAACUCUCGUUUGGACCUACUUAAGGUGAAAAAAACUCGAUUUGCUUCACAUUACAUAUUGCUUCAAAGACUCAUAACAUGUAGAGAAGCACUUGCCACCACAGUAGUCACAAGGCAGUGGAAAGAUUGGGUAAAUACUUGCACUAAUGAUGUGAAGCACCAAGCAAGGGUCAUUGUCCUAACAAUAAAUGAUGACAGCUUUUGGAUGGAGGCUGAAAAUAUAAUUGCUAUCACAGAGCCAAUAUACUCCGUAUUAAGGUUUAGUGAUGGAGAAGGUCCAAAGAUGGGAGAAAUCUACGAGAGAAUGGAUUGCAUGGUUGGUGAAAUAAAAGAUAUAAUGACAAAAGAUGAUAACCCGCAUAAAGAUGAUUUUGUUGAGGUUGAAAGUAUCGUUAUGCGCCGUUGGGAGAAGAUGAAUCUUCCCCUUCAUUGCUUAGCAUAUGCCUUAUGCCCAAAAUUUUAUCAUCAACAAUACCUCAACACCCCAGCUCCUGGUGGCACCAUAAGGCAAGCUCCUAAUACAGAUAAGGAGGUUAUGACUAAUGUGCUUGAAGCUUUUAGUAAAAUUGCAGAUUCUCCAAGGGAACAACAAGUUUUGAGGGAGCAAUUUAAUGCUUUUAUUAUGAAGAAGGGAAUGUUUGCGCUGCCACCCGUUCAAUUGGAUGCAUUUACCAUGGAGCCGAUUGAAUGGUGGGUAAGUUAUGGUUCUGAGACUCCAGAUUUAGCUGAGGUUGCAAAAAAAGUUUUAUCUCAACCCAUCAGCAGUUCAUCGGCCGAGAGAAUUUGGAGCACAUUCAGCCAUAUCCAUAACACCAAGCGCAAUAGGAUGAACACUACCACUGCAGAUAAAUUAGUCUUCAUUCACUCCAAUUUGCGACUUUUGUCAAGAUCAACAGAUGGCUACAAACAUGGCGCACAUGCUAAAUGGGACAUUGAUCCAGAAGACUCUUCUAUCUAAGCUUUGCAAGAAAGUGAUUAUCGUUACCGUUAUAUAUAUAUAUA